CUUCUGUUUGCCCUAAAUCGACCGCCUCUUUCUUUCCUUCCCCAACAGCGUCUUCUGCCAUCGCGUUCUCCCCUCCAGGUCCGACGCCUGCGACUACUCCCACCGACGACGCCAGCGACGCCGCUCACCGACGACGCCAGCAACGCCGCCAGCCUCCGCCGCCGCAAGGUCUUCCAGCUCCGAUUUUAAUUCCGCCGACUGCAGCAGCACAACAAUUCAGAGGUCCCAACCAAACAGCAUGUUAAACAUUCCGCUCUUAAAAUUUCAGACUCUCUUAGAAAUUCAGACCUCUUAAAAAUUCAGAUCUUAAAAAUUCAGAUCCUGCCAAACAGCCCCUUUCUUUUUCUUUUAUUUUCAUCUACGUCCUCCUUCUUUUUCUUUUUCUUUUAAAAAUUCAGAUCCUGCCAAACAGCCCCUGGAAUGUAAAACACUAGACCCUCUCUUUUUCUUUUAUUUUCAUCUAUGUCCUCCUUCUUCUCCCUCCGCCCCUUUCUCCUCCAUCUCCAAUCUCCCGUCUGCCUCCCACCUAUCUCCAACGCCGCAGCCUCCGCCUCCGCUAGUUUCUGCAGGUUGACAUGGCAAAUAGCAAUUCGAAUUGAUGGGUGCAAUUUUGAAAGAUUUUCUGAAAUUAAUGAGUUUGAAAAACCAAACGAUGAAAAAGCUUUAAAUUUGAUGAACUCUUGUGCAACCUCAGUGCUUGAGAAGUAUCCAGAUAUAAUCUUUGCUUAUGGUUUUAGUGAUGAAUACAGCUUCAUUUUCAAGAAGGAAACCAAGUUUUACCAAAGGCGUUCUAGUGAAGUUGACACUGCAGCAAGAUUCUUUCCCUCAUUGUCUCAUUCUUCACAUCUUUAUAUGUGGAAAAAUGGAGGGAAUUCUUUCCUCAAAAGAACAUGAAAUCUACUCCUUCAUUCAAAUCACGUGUCAUAUGCUGUCCAUCAGUGGAGGUUCUUCAAUCAUAUCUUGCAUGGAGACAAAGAGAAUGUCAUAGCAAAAACCAAUACAACACUUGCCUUUGGAUGUUGAUUAAAAGUGGGAAAUCAGAAAGAGAAGCAAAUGAAAUCUUGAGGGGCACAAAAAAACAAGAAAAAAAUGAGAUCCUUUUCCAACAAUUUGGUAUCAACUACAAAAAUCUUCCACAAAUGUAUCGACAGGGUUCUUGUGUUCUCAAGACAGAGGUUGAGGAUACCUUAAAGAUCCAUGACAAUGAACCCCCUGUCAAAAGACUGCAGAAGAAGGUCAUAAUUGUCCAUUCAGAAAAUAUAGCUUCUAGAAGUUUCUGGAAUGAUUACUCCUGUCUUUGCAAGGAUCUAAGUGGUUUUGAGCAAAAUGUGAAUAAUAUCAAACAAGAGUACAUGAAAUUGUUUCAGUUUGAGAACAAGUUGCUCCCAUUUACUUGGAUUGUAAUAAGAAUAGAUGGCUCUCAUUUCCACAGAUUUUCUGAGGUUCAUGGAUUUGAGAAGCCUAAUGAUGAGCAAGCUUUGAAACUUAUGAACUCAUGUGCAGUUGCUGUUUUAGAGGAGUUUAAAGACAUUGUUUUUGCAUAUGGAGUAAGUGAUGAAUACAGCUUUAUCUUAAAUAGAAAUACUCAACUCUAUCAAAGACGCCCGAGUGAAAUGGUGUCUUCAAUUGUCUCAUUCUUUUCUUCAACAUAUGUGAUGAAAUGGAAAGAAUAUUUCCCUAAAAAAGAGUUGAAAUAUCCAUCAAAUUUUGAUGGAAGAGCUGUUUGCUAUCCAUCAUAUGAAAUUAUUCGAGAUUAUCUUGCUUGGAGACAAGUUGACUGCCACAUAAACAAUCAGUACAAUACUUGCUUUUGGAUGCUUGUUAAGUCUGGAAAAACCACAAAGGAAGCUCAAAGUCUUUUAAAGGGUACUCAAACACAAGAGAAGAAUCAAAUGCUUUUAAAUCUAUUCAAUAUUGACUACAAGACAUUACCCAUCAUAUUCCGCAAUGGCUCCUCUGUAUUUUGGGACAAGGAGAUGAUGUUGACAGAUAAUGGAGUGAUUACAAAAUCUUACAAGAAAGUAGUAGUGGAACAUCCGAAUAUAAUUGAAGAUUGCUUUUGGGAAACACACCUGCUCAUACUUCAAGAGAUGUCCCCAAGAUCAUGAAUCCUUUUUUUUUUUAACAGUAGUUUGUGGCUAGGUUUUGGAUCCUUUAUAUUUAUUUAUUUAUUUAUUUAAAGUUAAAGUCUGUUCGAUGAUCGGAUGAAUUGGAAUGACAAAUGGAUGGAAUGAAAUG